AAGAGAUAGGGGGCGUUAUCUGGUGCCUUUAUCGGAUCCGGAGCGAUAAGCUUAUAUAAAGUGGAGAUUUCGCAGGUUUCUUCCUCUGCCCUUUCUCGUCGAGAUGAAAUAUAUCGCUUCGCUAGCCGUCUUCUUCGUCCUCUGCGGCCUGGUUUCUUCCGCCUGCAAGAAAGACCAGUACGACGUCUUCUCGCGGGAGUGUCAAGCUUUAGUCGUGGAAAAAGUCGGAUCUCUGGCCCACAUCUCCGACCCCCAGGAGUUGAGGGAGCCCAUCUGCCAGGCCGUGAAUAUGCUGGAGCUGUGUCAUCUAGUCAGCGCUCGAGUCACGUCGUGUCACGAAGGUCCGGUGAUACGAGAACUGGAAGAGUCCGUUCGUGUGACCAAGGAAUGGCUGAGAGAAAACAGAUACGUCGAAUGCUGAUCGCUCCGCAUUUUCUUCUCCGACCCCGAUUUCCGUCGGCUGGAAAAUGCUCGUAAUUAAGCCCCCUCUGAAGUUUAUCCGUCGAUUUGUAAAUCAGUAAAUAAAUGUAUGUUUUCUAUCGAAA